AGCACUACUACAGUUACUGCAGGAAUUGUAAUGAUACAGGAAUUUGAGAAAGACUCUAUUGAAUAGUUGAAUAGUACAAAUUCUACAUGUACACGCAACAAGAAAAAAGAAAUUCUCUAACACUUCGUUUCAAUCCUGAUUGGGAAAUUUUGUUACUGUGUCAGAAGAAGGAUAGCUAUACUGAUUCGGUAUACUCUAAAGAAACCCUUGGUACACUAUUGACGAUCUCACAAAGAUCUGAUUUCAGUGAAUUUCUGUUUACUGAUUUCAUCUUUUACGGAGUCGACCCCCCUUUGACUGUACAAGAAUAUGCGGAGCUUAAGAUGUCUGGAAGCACAGGAGAACGUUCUUUUGCUAAUAUUAUUACCAGUAUUCGAUACUGGGUCAUUCAUAGCAUUACUAUACCUUUCCUAUUCAUUGCGGGUUGGUUAUUCGUCAACACGGGUUUAGCUUACGAUGUAUUUGGAAGUCCCCGUCCAAACAAGUAUUUUACAGAGAGCCGACAAGGAGUUCCAUUAAUGACAGGCCGCUUUGAUUCUUUGGAACAACUCGAUGAAUUUAGUAGACUUUUUAGGAGGCACAAAUGACUAUAGAUAGAACCUAUCCAAUUUUUACUGUGCGAUGGUUAGCCGUUCACCUGACUAGCUGUACCUACCGUUUCUUUUUUGGGGUCAAUAUCAGCAAUGCAGUUCAUCCAACGAUAAACCUAAUCCGAAUCAUAGAGCUACGACACAAUCAAACCCGAACGAACAAAAUGUUGAAUUGAAUCGUACCAGUCUCUACUGGGGGUUAUUACUCAUUUUUGUACUUGCUGUUUUAUUUUCCAAUUAUUUCUUCAAUUAAAAAAAAAAAAAGAAGAA